GGUGAAACUGAAGAGAAGGAAGGACAGUUGGUUCGUCGGCGAAUUCAACAAACAAGAAAGUGAAUAAGCGGAAGGAAGCUCGAGAACUGGUUGCUGAUGAGAGAAGCUUUCGUAGGGAGAGAGAUCUGAGGUUAGGUUUCUUCUUCCUAAAGCGAUGGGUUACGGAUGGGCGAUCUUCGAAGGCAUCCUUGUGAUGGGAUCGCUGUGUCUCUUGGGAUCGGCGGGCCUCUGGUUCCUCAACAGAAGGCUUUACAAGGAGUACGAGGAGAAGCGAGCCUUGGUUCAGAUCAUUUUCAGCAUCGUCUUCGCCUUCUCCUGCAACCUCUUACAGCUCGUCCUCUUCGAGAUUAUCCCCGUCUUGUCCAGAGAGGCAAGGAUGGUUAACUGGAAGGUGGAUCUCUUUUGUUUGAUUGUGCUUCUUGUUUUCAUGUUACCAUAUUAUCAUUGCUAUCUGAUGCUUCGCAACACUGGUGUAAGAAGGAAACGUGCUGCUGUUGGGGCCUUGUUAUUCUUGACAGCCUUCCUGUAUGCUUUCUGGCGCAUGGGUAUUCAUUUUCCUAUGCCUUCCCAAGACAAAGGUUUCUUUUCAAUGCCUCAACUGAUCAGCAGAAUCGGGGUCAUUGGUGUGACUCUCAUGGCCGUGUUAUCGGGUUUUGGAGCUGUAAAUUUGCCCUUCAGUUAUAUAUCGCUAUUCAUCAGGGAGAUCGAAGAAUCAGAAAUAAAAUCGUUGGAAAGGCAACUGAUGCAAUCAAUUGAGAGUGGCAUAGCUAAGAAGAAGAAAAUUAUUUUAUGUCAAGUGGAGGUGGAACGAAGUCAAGUAUCAGAAGAGAAUCAAAAGGGUAAAUCUUUCUUUAGAAGAUUUGUCGGGACUGUUGUGCGGUCGGUUCAAGAUGACCAAAUGGAGCAAGAUAUAAAACUAAUGGAGGCGGAGGUGGAAGGGUUAGAAGAGCUGUCAAAGCAGCUAUUCUUGGAAAUUUAUGAACUCCGCCAGGCAAAGGAUGCUGCUGCCUUUUCUCGAACUUGGAAGGGUCAUGUGCAGAAUUUACUUGGCUAUGCGUGUUCCAUUUACUGUGUAUAUAAGAUGUUAAAGUCUUUACAAAGUGUCGUUUUCAAGGAGGCAGGCAACAAGGAUCCUGUGACGAUGAUGAUCAGCAUAUUCUUACAGUUCUUUGAUAUAGGAGUAGACGCGGCAUUGCUCUCACAGUAUAUAUCCUUGUUAUUUAUUGGGAUGUUGAUCGUGAUAUCAGUGAGGGGGUUCUUGACGAAUCUGAUGAAGUUCUUCUUUGCAGUCUCGAGGGUGGGAAGUGGAUCUUCAAGCAACGUUGUGCUUUUCCUAUCUGAAAUCAUGGGAAUGUACUUUUUGUCUUCUAUUCUUCUUAUAAGAAAAAGCUUGAGAAAUGAGUACAGAGGGUUAAUAACAGAUGUGUUAGGCGGAGAUAUUCAGUUUGAUUUCUAUCAUCGAUGGUUUGAUGCAAUCUUCGUGGCCAGCGCUUUUCUGUCUCUAUUUUUGUUAUCUGCGCACUACACCUCUCGUCAAAUUGAUAAGCACCCGAUUGACUAAACAAGCAAGCAAGCAAGGGAAUCAUCUGUAAGUGCAUCGAGAGUUUGAUGAUGUACAUGAAAAGCUUGAUACACUACUUACUAUCGCGGCCAAGCAUUGACUGUACAUAUUUGCUUUGAAAGGAUUAUUAGUCUCUCUCUCGAGUUGUUUUAACAUCAGCGAGUGUGACUAGUUGUAAAUAAAUGAGAUUCGAUAUAAACAGUUUUCUUGCCUC